AUGCAUCCCCUGCAGCGUCCCUGGCAAUCUCCUCCGGCCGAUGCCGGCAUCCGGCUUCCGUGUUCCGGUCCUUGUGACGUCGGGAUGUACGGGGCACCGGAACCGGUGAAAUUUGAAAAUUUUAAGAAAUUAAAUUGUUUCUAAAAACGAUUAUUACAUACAUUUCACAUACAUUUUGUCCCUACUGCUUUGUCCUGUGCCCUGCCUGCAUGUUGAUUGUUCUUUCUGCCUGGAAACUUAGAAAAGUCCAUGACAUCCAAAAAGCGUCCCUUUAGGUCAAAAUCGGUUUUAGAGCAGCUAGAGAACAGUGAUAGUAAAUCAGAACCACUUGCAGAAUUGA